AUGCUGCUCCAUAUAGUUAAAGGUCCAACUUCUUUUCAAAGUCUUUGCACAGUGAAAAAUGUCAUUUAUGACACUUUUCAAGGUGCAUGCAAAGCGUUGGGUUUAUUGGAUGACGAGUCUCAUUGGGAAAACACGCUAUCAGAUGCGUCUAUAUGUUGUACACCUAAAUCACUAAGAUGUUUAUUUGCUAUCAUGCUAACGUUUUGUCAAAUUACUGAUCCUUUGAAGCUUUGGCAAAAUUAUCGUGAAAGUAUGGCCGACGAUAUACUGCAUCGAAAACGACAGGAAUUGUCAUCAAAUGAUAUUAGUUUUGACCAAAUUAUAUUUGAUGAAGCUUUAUUUGAAUUAAACAAAGAAGUGGAAGUUUUAUCGGGGAAAUCUAUAGUACAUUUUGGUUUUCCCUUACCGAUAAACAUUAAUAGAACAACAAUUAAUAUUGAGUGUUUAAGAGAGAGAAGUUAUGAUCAACAGCAACUAUUAUUGUCCGUUCAAAAUGAAAAUCAAUUAAACCGUGAACAAAGAAUUGUAUAUGAUUCAGUAAUGUCGUCUGUUAACAAUAAUGAAGUAAGAUAUGGUGGAAAAAUUGCUCUUGCGGUAGCGUCAUCUGGCAUUGCAGCUACGCUAUUAGUAGGGGGCCGAACAGCUCAUUCUACAUUUAAACUUCCUUUGAAAUAUGAUAGUGACGAUAUUACGAAUGUCUGUAACGUUUCAAAGCAAAGUGGUACUGGUAAAUUGAUGCAGGACUGUUGUCUAAUUAUUUGGGACGAAGCGUCAAUGUCCCAAAAAACUUCAGUUGAAGCUUUAGAUAGAACGAUGCGAGACUUGCGUCAUAAUAAUAGUCCUAUGGGUGGCUGCACAGUGUUGUUCUCUGGAGACUUCCGUCAGAUCUUGCCUGUGGUUACAAGAGGGACAAGAGCUGAUGAAGUCAACGCGUUUGACGCUCAAUCACAAAUGUACUAUUCAGUUGAUACAGUUUUAGAAAAAAAGGAUGCAGUCCAUUUCCCAACUGAAUUUCUUAACUCUUUAACACCUCCUGGAGUCCCACCACAUAAACUGAUUUUAAAAAUAGGGGCACCUAUUAUUUUAAUGAGAAAUUUGAGCCCACCCACACUUUGCAACGGUACAAGACUACAAAUCAAAAAAUUGAGAAGUUCAUUACUCGAGUGCAUAAUAUUAACAGGCUGUGGUAAUGGAAAAACUGUUUUAAUACCAAGAAUACCAAUUAUACAAUCAGAUUUACCUUUUAAGUUUAAACGUAUUCAAUUUCCCGUUAAAUUAGCAUUUGCAAUGACUAUAAAUAAGGCACAGGGACAAACACUUAACGUUGCUGGAAUUGACCUAAGCGUUCAAUGUUUUUCUCACGGUCAACUAUACGUCGCCCUGUCACGUGUGACAUCCAAAUUUAAUUUGUAUAUUUUUGCCCCUGAUCCAGAAAAAGUUGAUAACGUUGUUUAUAAAGAAAUUUUUUAA